GACGUUUCAAGUUGACGUGGAUGCAGGUCUAGCGAACUGGUGUUUAGUUUUUUUGUCCUUAUCACGGUUUGUUGCGACAUCAUUUCAAUCGAUGAAAGUUUUUGUUUACUGUUAGUUACCUUUUCAAAAUGUCCUCUGUUGAAGAUGGUGAAUGUAGUCGCGGCUUGUAUCAACUCAACAAAUUCGAGAAACUGUCGGGGAGGCCUCCCAUCAGAGACUCAGGCUCUAAGAAGAGAGUAAGAUGGCUUCAGGCUCGGCGGAUCUUCUCCCCUUCGUGCCCCAACUUCCGCAUCCCUAAUAGGUUUCUGAGAGAAGGUCACUGUGCCCCCCCGGCCCGCAGCGGGCACCGGUGUGUGGCAGACAAUGCCAACCUGUAUGUGUUUGGAGGAUACAAUCCUGACUUUGAGGAGGCAGGUGGCUCGGAGAACGAGGACUACCCUCUUUUCAGGGAGCUGUGGAGGUUUCACUUCGCCACGGCUACCUGGCAACAGGUCCACACAGAGGGCUACAUGCCCACCGAGCUGGCUUCCAUGUCAGCUGUCUUACACGGCAACAAUCUAUUGGUGUUUGGGGGCACUGGGAUUCCUUUUGGAGAAAGCAACGGGAAUGACGUCCAUGUCUGCAAUGUUCACUACAAACGCUGGAAACUGCUCAACUGCCGAGGGAAGAAACCCAACCGAAUCUACGGGCAGGCCAUGGCCAUCAUUAAUGGCUAUCUGUAUGUGUUUGGAGGGACGACAGGCUACGUCUACAGCACAGACCUACACAGGCUGGACCUGACUACCAGGGAGUGGACCCACCUCAAGCCCAACAACCCCCCUACAGACCUGCCAGAGGAAAGGUACAGACAUGAGGUGGCCCAUGAUGGACAGAGAAUAUACAUCCUAGGAGGCGGGACUUCCUGGACAUCAUAUCCACUAGACAAAAUACAUGCCUACAACCUAGAGACUAACUCCUGGGAGGAGAUUAUCACGAAACCUCAUGAAAAAAUAGGGUAUCCUGCAGCACGACGGUGUCACAGUUGUGUCCAGGUCAGGCAGGAGGUGUUUCUAUGUGGGGGUUACAACGGGGAGCUGAUCCUAGCUGACCUGUGGAAGAUCAACCUGCAGACCUUCCAGUGGACCAAGCUACUCACCGUCAUGCCUGAGCCUGCUUACUUCCACUGUGCUGCAGUCACACCGGCUGGCUGUAUGUAUGUGCAUGGUGGAGUGGUGAACAUGUCAGAGAACAGGAGGACUGGGUCUCUGUACAAGGUGUGGCUAGUGGUGCCCAGCCUGCUGGAGCUGACCUGGGAGAGGCUGCUAAAAGCCUUCCCUCACCUGGCUCAGCUCUCCUCCCUGCAGCUUCUCAGCCUGGGCCUCACACACACCCUCAUCCAGCGCCUCAAGUAGACCACCAUGCCCUCACGGCUGACGUGGGAACAGGUCAAAGCAAGGACAGCGGUGAAGGCCAACGGAUUGUGGAUGGAACUGAGUUGACUCCCUUUCCUGCCACCACUGAGCAGAGGGACUGAAUGGCCAAUGGAACAAUGAACAGGUGUGUUGACAUAUCUGGGAAUGGACUGAGUGAUGAGAAGCUGUAUCUUACAGACAUGACGUCAGGUCAUCCUCAAACAUUGGAUGCCUUUUAAAAAAAUAAACUUUUUAAUGUGUGCACUUUGACUGAGUUUGAAAUCCCAAGUGGAAUGUUUGAAAUGUGUGUUGGAGUCUCUGGGACCUGGUGUAUUUCAGGAUUUGUUUGCCUUCAUAUUCCAUUAGCCAUGGCUUAACUAGGCAAGCAACUAGGAGAGUGGAGUUUUAGUAGAACUUGGGAGUUCACUGAAUGUCACCCUUUUAUGUGUUUUGCAUGCAGCUGACCACACUAAUCAUACCUGUUAUCGUGAAUAUUGUUUCAAAGGGCUCUACAGUCUAGGCAAAAGAUCUGCAACGUAGCUGAUGGAGGUUAGUUUGCUUAGCUCUCUACGUAGUAUUACGUAUUUUAUUUCUUUUUUUUUUGUGCUGCUGAAUUUUUAGAACGUGACGCAAACGUAGCUCCGUAGACUGAAAACCACUAUGGAGAGCCCUUAACUCUACUCAUUAUCCCCACCCACCACACUCAUGCUGUUCAAAAGGGAAUAGCGGAAACUUUAAACUCAGUGGUUUAUUUCCUUAAUGCCUAAAGGGACAUUUGAAUUAGUCUCUUUUGAUACUGUGAUGUAUAGGUUCCUGAGGGAGACAGACCAGGUACAUGAUGCUGAUAGACAUGGUGUCUUGUUUUCUGUAAGGAAGCUCACUGGUAAAGAAACAGCUGCUGCUAUGUCCACUGACCGGUCUAAUGCGAAUUGGUCUCAUCUAGCAGGCUGGUGGGGCAAGGCAUUGAUUUAGGACAGACUGGGCUAAUCUUGUUCGGUAUACCUCUUGAGCCAGUGUGACUAUGUGAACCCCCUGUGACAGCACUGUGAUUCUCUAGAGCCUGAGUCCUACAACCUCCGUUCUUAGACACACUGAUCACACACACACAGCGGGGAGCGGUGUGAAACUGUACUGUAGCUCCAAAGUGAAAAGAGCUCGCCAUUUAUUUCAUUUAGUGCCUUUUCAGAUAAUUUUUUUCCAGUGUGACAACUGUAUUGGUUGUGUAGAGUUCUCUCCUUUUACCAAGCAUGUGUCCCUGAAGCAUGGCUUUUAACUUUCCUCAUAGUCACUGACAAUAUGGAAAUGUCCAGAUAGCCCUCCACCAGUCUCUGUUCCCCCAUGCUUUAGUAAUCUGAGUCAUUGACCCGCUCAUCUUUUAAUGUUGUCCCCAUUCCAUCUAUUCUGUUUACUGACCUUUGGUCAAACCAUUCUGUCCAUUACAGUUAUUUUUAUUUGGGUUUCUGAAUGUCGAUCACGCAUAGUGAACCCUUAACUUGUGAAUUUGGUUGGACAGACUAUGUAUAGACUCAUUUGGUAUGGUGCAGCCCAAUAUGGUGACCGGAGUGUGGGUGUGUCUAAAGGAGUGGGUGUAUGGAAAGUGAAUCAGCUAAUUGGGCAGAUGUGUUGCCACUCGACUGUUUUGCCUGCCAGUUUAAGCCAGUGCGAAUGACUAGUGCACCCGGUCUUGUAUUGCGCCAGCACAACACGGCUGACUCAAAUAACCAAAUCAUCAUUUGUUGAUUUAUUUGAAUCAGCUGUGUAGUGCUGGGGCAAAAACCACAAUGCACCUCUUGGGGUCCCCAGGAAACUCUGGUGUAACCUAAUAGCAGAGCGCUACUAUCCUUUCCACGCGCCCACUCACCCACUCCGGGCGUCAUAUUGGGCUGCAGCUACUCCCUUCUGCAUUUAUGCUAUUUUUGCUUUUAAAGAUGUGCACCAGUGUCUUCAGGUCAUUUUAACAUUAAACCAAACUGGAGAUGUAUUUGGUGGAAAAACCAAUGAAAUCACGACUCUUGCCUUUUUAACUUUUCAACAAUGUUGGGUUUAAUCUCUAAUAUCCCACACAUUUUCCCUGUCAGUUAGACUGAUAGCAUGUAACUCACAUGUCACCUCUGGUCCUCCUUUUUAUACUGUAGUUUCUGCACAGAACACAGGUGCUCAGUCUGAAAUCAAUGCCAAUCCUCUUGCCCCCUGGGUACUACUUGUCGAUCUGGAAGACUAGCGUUGGCUUCUGACAUGUUUCUUACACCCACUCACAUCUUUUAGGCACUAUCCCUUGAUACUUCUCAUGAUCCUAAGGGUUGAUUUUUGGGCUGGGAAAUUUGCCUUUGCUAUAACUCUAAUUUUUUGGGAAAGUGUGGGCUUCUGUAUGAGACACUGCACCCAGUGGUCUAUUGUUUUGUUGGUAAUCUAUGGAAUAGAUUUUGGAACUCCAUGUCAACCUGUGAAUGUAGUCACUUUACACACUGUACUGAAUGUGGAUGGACAAACAACCCGACUCUGCACAAUUAAAGGCAAUCAUGAUUCCAUUUAGGUUUUUUAAUUUAAUUGUUUGAAUCAAUAAAUGUACUGUAAGCACUUUUUAAAAACGUUGUUUGACUGGUGUAUUAUUUGGCCUGAAAAUCCAGGUACUAUGUAUUUAAUUUAACUGACUCCCUUUCAAACACAACUUGUUUUGACUUUGUAUUAUACUGAACAAAAAUAUAAAUGCAACAUGUAAAGUGUUGGGUUUCAUGAGCUGAAAUAAAAGAUCCCAGAAACAUCC